AUGGCUUCUUCUCUACUGAUCUCUCACUCUAAAAUCCUCUCUCCUUCCUCUCCUCCUCUCCCUUUCUCUCAAUUUCCUACUCUCCUCCGUUUCCACCUAAAAACCACCAAAAAACAACACUACUCUCGUCAUCUCAAAAUCACUGCAACUUCAGCUUCAGCUUCUCUUGAAGCUCUAAUAUUUGAUUGCGAUGGAGUUAUUUUAGAAUCCGAACACCUCCAUCGCCAAGCUUAUAAUGACGCUUUCGCUCACUUCAAUGUCAUCUGCUCUUCUCAGCAGCUUCUCAAUUGGUCUCCCGAAUUUUAUGAUGUGCUGCAAAAUCAGAUCGGUGGUGGCAAACCUAAAAUGCGAUGGUAUUUUAAGGAGCACGGAUGGCCGUCCUCCAUCAUAUUUGAGAAGCCACCGAAGGAUGAUGAGAGCCGUGCUAAGCUAAUUGAUACUCUUCAGGAUUGGAAAACUGAAAGGUACAAAGAAAUAAUCAAAUCUGGAAUUGUGGAACCUAGACCUGGAGUUCUGCGGUUGAUGGACGAGGCUAAAGCCGCUGGAAAAAAGCUAGCUGUUUGCUCUGCGGCAACCAAAAGUUCAGUUAUCCUGUGUCUUGAGAACCUUAUAGGAAUGGAGCGGUUUCAAGGCCUCGAUUGCUUUCUUGCAGGUGAUGAUGUUAAGGAAAAGAAGCCCGAUCCAUCAAUUUAUGUGACAGCUUCCAAGAGGCUUGGUGUGUCUGAGAGAGAUUGUUUGGUGGUGGAGGAUAGUGUCAUUGGUCUACAGGCAGCAACAAGAGCUGGAAUGCCAUGUGUUAUCACUUACACUUCUUCAACAGCCGAUCAGGAUUUUAAAGAUGCUAUAGCAAUUUACCCUGAUUUGAGUAGUGUAAGAUUAAAAGACUUGGAGUUAUUACUUCAAAAUGUUGUUGCUGCGAGCUAG